AGGGCCGGCCAAUCAGGGUGCGUUCGGAAGCUUCUCUUUUGCUACAUUGUUGAAAGAAACUGACCAGCCCGCGAGUGAGCAACAGAAGAUGGACCUGGAACAGCUAGAGAAGCUGCGUCUUAUGAACCAAGAUCUCCUGCAGAGGCUAAAGGCAAACCAAGAGGAAUUCAGGAAACUGUUGCCUGACAGAUCUCCAUCGUGGCCCCUGCGAUCCAAAAGAAAGACUCCUGAGAACAGACGGGUGCCAGAUCCCCAAACCAGGAAAGAGAACCAAGUCCAGGCUGCUGAAGAGUUCCCUAGCGCUGUGAUGGGGCUGGCCAGGGGGGCAGGGCCCCCACAGGCAAGACCUGGCCUCAGCCCCCCCUCGAAACCCACCACAUCCCGCCAGGAAGAAGAGCAAGAAACACCACCCCAAGAGGGUCGGCAUCCAGACUCGGAUCGGACUGAGAAGACUUCUGUGCCGUCAGCAACGGAGGGCAAGCCUGCCCGAGCAGCUGACAAAAUGGUGAAAAAAUGCCAUGCUCCAGGAGACCCAGAGGGAAAAUCCAUUCCUGUGAGCCAAACAGACUCUGAAAUGGAUCCUGCUGCCUUGCGAAGGGCGAGGGCCAGAGCGGAGCCAAACCAGGCGCAAGCCAAAGGGAGCCGCGGGCCAAGAGCGUCGGCUAGGAUGCCGCCGGCUCCCAAAUCGAUCCUGCUCACCCCUCAGUGCAAGGAAACCAAAGAGAAAACUCAGAAGGAGGCCGGGCGUGUGACGUUUGUGUCUGACCCUGAAGAAUACACUCUCUCUGCAGACGAGUGGUCGGUUCGCCCUUUCCUGGGGUACGACUGGAUUGCAGGGUUGCUAGACAUGGACUGUUCAGUCUCGGAGAAACCAGAGCAGUACUUUUCUGAGCUGCAGGACUUCCGGCGGGUGAACAGAGAUGCUUGUGUCUACGAUGGAUGCUUACGGUCGGAGAUUCUGGGCUCCUCGGCUCUCAACCAAGGAUCAGAGACGGAAUCAACUUCCCAUCAGUGUGUCUUCUGCUACCGCUUAAACAAGCGACUCUUCACUGUCCCCACGGGGUCAGAGGCGGCCUGUCCCAUCUGCAAAACUCUGAGAACUCAGCAGCCUCCGGAAACUCUGGUGGAACCAGCCUUUGUCAGGGUCAGCAUCCCGCGAUCCACCCUCCUCCCACCGUACAAGCACAAAAUCCACCGCAGGAAAAGCUACGAGCCAGCAGAUGACCUGGCAUUGCCAUCGCACUGCCUGGCCGGCUGGGAGAACCCCGCCCAGACUUUCAGCUGCACCCUGAGCAGUCUCGACCUCCGGACUACCCUGGCUGCCAAUUCUUCCGGCCACUUUGAUUGGGAGUUUGUGUCUAGAGUAUCAGGCAAAACCAGGACCGAUGACCUCCUCAACCUUUCCCGUGUGGCAGCAUUCGAACUCGACAACAUGUCUCGUCUGUGGCGUCACCGGAAGUUGUCGUUCAGUUAGAGCAGUUCCAUCUCUUCCCCUCCACCUAAUGGGAGGGGGGGGGAAUCAGGAAGCCUGGAAUUAAGUCUGAGGGCUGCUUCUGCCCCUGAAGCUGAACAGCCCACCAACCCGGCUCCCAGCAGAGCCGAGUUCAAGAAAAGGCGGGACAGUCAACAAAAAUCUCUGUCUGUUCCUCAAAGCCCAGGGCAUGCAGACACAAUGUAAAAGCGGGUUUAUUUUUUUCCAAGUGGUACUUGAGCAAAGAGGGGGUUUCAAACGGUUUUCAAUAAAAAUGAUUUUUCUUAUUUC